CUCAAUUCAAACUUAACUUUGUCGAGCUCGAGCGAGAAGAGCGAUAAAACCACAACAUUAAUUUUGGACGUCGACAAAAAAACACUAAACAAUGAUCAACUCGAGCACCGAGAGCAGCUUACGGAAGGUUCUUGGGAGUUUCAGAAGAGAGGAAUAUGUAACAUUGUUGAAGCAGUGGGGGUCGUUUCCAGCAGACCGUUUGAGUGAUGUUAAAAAGGCUACCUCGAUGAAACGAACGGCGAAAAAAGCAUUGGUUCAACACGUCAUACAACUCUGCAGUGUGAAAAAUCUUUCUAAACAUGCAGUCGGAGAGCUUGAGCUAAUUUAUCAACAGAAUCAUCCCAACAGUAGGAAAUGGAGCGUUUUUCAACUAACCCAACAAGCAGAAACGAAAGAGAAACAUCACGUCGCCACGAUGGAGGAAUUCAAGGAAAGACUCAACAAGCAACUCUCUUUGUACUUCAGAAAUGAUCUGUGUAUCAGGAGGCAUAGAGAUGCUUGGUGGAUCCGCCUUGGCAUACAGGAAGGAACGCAAUUCCACAGGCAGACGGCUAGCAACGUGGUAUACAUGGUCCAUCCGCCGCAAUCACAGUUCAUCAUACUGUCCACCAUCAAAGUUUCACACAAAGACUGUGUCAUGCAGGCUUUGCUGAACAGCCUUCGCUGCAGUGAGAUCCGUGAGAUCCAGCUGACUGGUCGCAACCUUGACUCCCUAGCUACCUUGGCUUUAAACAGCAACAGCCAGGGAUGGUUCUCACAGUUCAGAUUGAAUCAGGUGGACACCAACCCCCUGGCCAAAAGACCCUCCAGGAAAAGGAAAGCUCCCUCCUCGGACAUACUAGACUCGGAAAUCGUCUUUGAGAACGAGAAAGAAAAGGAGCUGAAAGAUAAACAGGUCCUCCAUUCCUUUGGAUCCAACGAACAACCAAAGUUACAAAAGAUAGAGUACAAGCUUGAGACCAAAUUCCGUGGGUGUGAAUUCGCCCCGGCCAUGUCCCUAAACAAAGAGCCAUUCCGCUGCCGAGUUAAGUUCGAAGGCUCCAACGUCCUGGAGGGGAUCAGGCAAUUAGCAAAGAGCGGACUGGUGUCACUACCUCUUCCUCAUCACCUUGGAAACGUACACUCUCUUGCCAAAAACCACUUUGUAUUGGCGGACAAGAAACGUACCAGGCCGCCAGAAAAGAACUGAACAACUUUAUUUCAUCAUUAUGCGCCCUGGAAUGCUACAUUUGUGUUCGGCAUUUGCGUUCGGCUGCAUAGAUCCUGUUGGACAAUUUUUUUCCUGGACAGGGAAACGUACCCAGCCGAACCUGGCCAAAAUGCUAGGUCAAACACCCAAAGACCAGUCACAAGUCACAAUUCUCUACAAGCGAUUUCGGCUGGCUUGUUCAGUGUUGAAAUGUAUCCCUAUUUUAUAUGAAACAUUAGUGAAAAGCUGGUGGUGGACUGGUGAAGUGACAAGAUAAAUGGUGCUGCCGGCCAGUCACUGACAAAGUUAAGGGAAAACCCUGUAUGCAUGUGAUGUCACUGCAGUAGGGCGCCCUCAUGCAGGGGUCACAAGUUUGUUUCUCGAUGUUCAGUUUUGUUUGGCACUGUACAAACCUGUUUAAAUUGUUUCAUCAACGGUUUACCUCUAAGAUGGUGGCAGGAUGUCAAUGCAUACUAUAAGGAUCUGUUGUGGUUUGCUUCCCUUUUGUUACAAUGGUCAGGCUAGAAAAUGCACUCACAAUUAAGCAUUUUAUGAUGACAGGUACCAUAUCAUUGGCAACACAACUGUUUUGAGGCAGGCCUGAAUCUACACACAGGCCACGGGGGCUGUGGCCUUCGUUGCCCCUGGUUUUGUUCUUGGCCUUGGUGCCCCUUCAAAAACUUCCCAUUGACUUUAAGGUGUUCCAAUGAAAGUGCCCUUUGCAAAAUGAAAAGUUAAUGGACUUGUCGUGUCGAAUUCAAAGAUGAAAUUCCAGGCCUGUUAAGGGUGUAUAGCUCUCACAAGUUGAGACUCGCAAAAUGGCAUCGUGAAGGAGUCAUGCAUAAAGUGCCUGACGACAACCAGGACCAGGAUAGAGAAAAAAGUCUGUACAGCCCAUGUUAAAGUUGGGGUAUAUUUUUGGUAUAUAUUAUGUCAAAGACAAGUACGCUCUUUUGGUCUCUCCCAACAGUUGCAUAAAAUAACAAACCUGUGAAAAUUUUUGCUCAAUGGUCAUCAAAGCUUACCUUAAAUUCAAAUGUUUGUCGGUGAACGAGUCAAGUCUUUCUCUAAAAUUACAUUACUUCAAAGAGUGUCAGUGUUUUAUAAUAUCAACAGCUAUCCAGUAAUUAACAAAGGUAUACCCUCCCUAUAAAUAGGGAGUAAGAACAAGGUGAACAAACAUUUUAUUGUAUCAAAUUUUCGUUUUCUAACAUAUUUUAAAAAAAGUUUUGUUUGUUUUAAGUUGUUUUUUUUCACUCUUAAGUUUUUAAAACACUUAAAACAGAAGUCUGGAAAUAUAUUUGUGCCUAAGCUUCUGCCGAUAACAACUGAAACUAUUAUCUGGGCUCCAUUUCAUAGAACUGUUAAGCAGUGUUAAACUAUUUGCUGGAGAGCCAGUACAAAAUAAUGUGGUAACACAAAAACGCUUAGCAAACUGCUUAGCCUUUUUUUGAAAUAUUUGUAGCUGUGAAGUAAGGUGUGUUGUGAACUUGUGAAAAAAAAAUUUUUUAUUGGGAUUUUUUUUAUAUUUCAUGUAUGUUUGUAUAAAUUAAUUUGUAUAAAUUGCUUUAAUGUUGUGAACACCUUAUUAAAUAAACAAGUAAAAAUAUUAAAAUGUUUUGGUGUUUGUUUUGUUGUGUCAGUUUGGUUUGAAGGCGCGCAAAAAGGGUUCCGGUACAACCUGGUGAAAACAUUUAAUGAUCUAGACAGCUCCAGAGUUCUAGAUUUGAGAAUCUUUGUUUUUUCCAGUUCUGGUAUAUAUACAUUUGUAGAUUCCUUCAAGUGGAGCCAUCUGUGUGUUACUGUUAGUCCAUUUUUUCCCUGCUGAUUGGUCGAAACUUACACAUAAUACAUCGUCAUAAAGAAACAUUCCGUUUAGUUUACUGACAAACAAUUGGCUAAGUUGUUACUUUUUCCUGUAUCUCGUACCUGAGCCUUGCAUGUGGACCAGCUUUGCAGUCUGGUCUUCAAGGCAGUGCAUGACAAGUCAAAAUAGUUAUUACUUUUGCCGAGACGCCAAGUGAAGACAAAAUGUAUUUACUUUGGUGUGUAGACAUGUGGAGCAGAUUUCAGGAGACUAACCUGCUACUUAAUUCUGAAAAGAACUGUCUGGGAGUUCUGUCUUAUGAAGUACUACCUGGAGGUAGGAAAUUGGCCGAGACUACUACUUUCACCUAGUCCAUCGAGGGUACUUCUCGUUAACUUCACUGUAGCGGAGUGGGUUCUUAAUUAACUUGGUCUCAACAUUUCGGUAAGCCUGCUCUAGUCAUCGUCAGGUUUUCAGCGGACUACUUAAUUCUGAAAAGAACUGGGAGGAAGGAAAUUGGCUGUGACUGACUACUACUUUCACUUGAUGGAUCGAGGGUACCGGUACUUCUCGUUCUUAACUUCACUGCCUACUGAGUCGGUCCUUAAUUGGUCUCCACAUUUCAACUAGCCUGCUCUAGUCAUCUGCAGAUUUUCAGCAGACUACUUAAUUCUGAAAAGAACUGUCAAUCUUUUGAAGUACCUGGGAGGUAGGAAAUUGGCAGAGACCACUACUUUCACUUAGUGGAUCAAGGGGAAUUCUCGUUAUGAACUUCACUGCACAGAGUCUGUCCUUCAUUGGUCUCCACAUUUGGACCAGCCUGCUAUAGUCGUCGUCGAGUUUUCUGUCCCCAACUAAUUGCAUGGCUUUUGUUUUCCCAUUUCGGGUUUUCCUCCCACAUCUAAAACAAAAUAUUUCUUCUCAUUUUGUAAUUACCAUUCUGCAGCAAACCCAGUUGGUCAAGACUGUUCUCCCUGCAGGCACUGGCCACAUUUCCAUGUUGGUAAAAAGAAUUGUGGGUGAGGAAAAGCUGUUUUUCUUUUUUAAUUGUGACCAUUUAUUGUAUUUCUCCUUUGUUUUUUCCGCGGGGAAUUCAAGUGAGUGUUUUUAAGUUCAGACCGUGUGGUUUUACUAUAGGGGUAGCGUUAGGUACGUACUGCGGAAUGAACUCACAAAGUACGAAGAGGUGUUGGACAGUGACAGUGUUGUGCACAUUUUAGGCAAGGUAGUCUUUACACAUGUUACAAGGUUGUUUUUAUAACGAUGAUUAGUAUGAUUAAAAACAGUAAAUUGUUUAAGUAUUUAAAAGUGUCAUUACCACCAAAAGUAUUAAAAUAGUAAUACAAAAUUUAAUAAAUAUAAUCAAACAUAGGGAAAUAUCUAAAAUAUUAUAUGAGGGAAUAAAAGGGUAGCGACGAGUUCUUCAACGUCCGUUUAAAGCCGUCAGGGUCAGCGGAGGUGUGAUAAAGGCCUGAGCCAUAGGCGGGGGCCUUUAUUGCACG